AUGGCUACCGGGCUUUCGACACAUAUGACUAAAAGUCUACAGGGCGUUCUCCCCAAACUUGCGGCCGUUACACAAUCAAAGCCGUCGUCAGCGGACGUCAUUGAUCUUUCUUCUGCGGAAAAUCUGCUAGUUCGAGAUCAGGUUCGGAGCAUUUGCACCGCUGCUAUUCAGAAUCAUCUGACCAGUGAUGUUCUUUCUCAACUUCCGACCUUUGGCGGAGAUGUUGACACGCGCACAGCAUUGGCUUCUUUUUUCAACAACUUCUUCCGACCGGCCAGUACUGUUUCGGUAGACCAGAUAGUCCUCACGGCCGGCGCAGGAAGCUGCAUUGAAGCAUUGGUCCACAGUAUCUGUGAUGAAGGAGACAGUGUCAUUAUCCCAGGUCCAUAUUGGUUCGGCUUCGAACCUUACAUCACUUUGCGUCCAAAAGUCAACAUUAUUACAGCAACUCCUAUAAGUUACGAACAUCACGCUACAGAUAUGCUCGCCACUUUGCGCGCCACGUAUGUCGCUACCGAAAACCCACAACGUAUAAAGGCAGUCAUACUAUGUAAUCCACACAAUCCAUUUUCGCAAUGCUAUCCAGAAAACAUCCUACGCGCGUGUAUGAACUUCUGCCAGAAGCUCAACUUGCAUUUCAUUUCAGACGAGCUGUAUGCGCUGGCUACGAUGAAAUCCACUCAAGAGCAGAGCCCGAAGUUCAUUUCUGCUCUCUCGGUCGCUCCCGAUCCCAAAGAUACCAAUGAGAUGAUAGACCCUAGUCUUGUUCACAUAGUCUGGAGUGCAAGCAAGUUGUUUGGACUCAACGGCCUGAGAAUUCUAUUCGAAGAGUGUGGUAUCGAAUAUCUACCAGCGCACGAAGGCCUGUUUGUCUUUGCGAAACUUGGGAAGAAGGUGAGAAAUGCUGAAGAAGAGAUGAUCUUCUUCGAGAAAUUGAAAAUUGACGGUGUUACGGUAAGCCCAGGCAGGUUUUACAAUGGUUUAAGCACGGAAUUUGGGUGGGCAAGGAUCACAGUGGCUGUGCCAUUGGAGAUUGUUGAGGUAGCCUUAGAAAGGUUGAGCAAAUGCAUUUCGUAG